AAGGAGACUGUGGAGUCACCAUUUUGUGUGGCCUUUGGGUUUGCGGGUCAAAGAAACAGAGGCAGCAGGGGUUAUUCUGCGUCCUUUUCUUUUUCUUUUUUUUUUUUCCUUUUCUCACUAUUUUUUUCUCUCAAUCUUAUAAGAAGAAAUCGUACAGUGAAGAAAUCAAAACCGGCAUGUUUUGGGUUUACUGCUUUCUCAGUGAAAAAGAGCAUUCGAUGUGAAGGGCUUCGCUUUAAUUAUGCUGCGGUGAAGAGAAGGAAGAAGAUGGGUCUCUGAGCUCUGUCCGGUGUUUUGUUGAGUUCGUCCUUGCCUCCAGAAUUGAAGAAGUUAAGCGUUUGUUAUCAGUGUCGUUUAAUUGUGGGUGGAGGCGAUUUCUACUUUACGGGGUUCCUUCGAGUUUCACGGAGCCACGGACUGUUCGGCAAAUUUUCGAGAUCUGGUUUGGGUUAUAGGAUUUGAGCCUUUGACUUUCUCUCUCUUUCUUGGUUUUCCUCCCACACCUCGUUCUUUUCCUGGGUAUUGAAACCUCUUCUGGGUUCUGUACAUUAUUUUUUCUGGGCUUUCAUCUAAAACGCCGAGUCAAGUUGGUUCCUUGUGAGAGUUUUUGCAGUAGUAAAAUUCUCUAAUUUUGGGUGAUCCACUUCAGUUAUUACGAUCGGGUCACAUAUUUCUCUCCUUCUAUUUCGGCGUUCUAGGUUCUGAACCUAAAUUUGUUACAAAUGGUCUGAGCCUUCUUACUCGUCUUGUUUCAACUGUUAAGUCCACGUCCUGAUUUUCAUCUCGUGUUGCUCGUGGGAGGAGGCGAUCAUGCACCUUUCACUAUGGAAGCCCAUUUCUCAUUGCGCUGCUCUGCUCAAGGACAAGAAAAGCAGACGGAAGGAUGAAUCGACCGUUGAUAUGCGGAGAAGCCCGUCAAUUCUCCGGAAAUUGCAGGAAAACAAGCUAAGGGAAGCGCUUGAAGAAGCUUCAGAAGAUGGGAAACUCGUCAUAUCUCAAGACAUGGAAGCUUUAUCGCCUGAAAACAAUGACGAAAGCCUUGGGAGAUCCCGGUCACUUGCCAGGCUUCAUGCUCAACGUGAAUUUCUACGAGCCACUGCACUGGCCGCCGAGCGCAUAUUUGAGUCCGAGGAAGAAAUCCCUACUCUCCAAGAAGCCUUCAACAAGUUCCUCACAAUGUAUCCCAAAUACCAGUCAUCGGAGAAGAUCGAUCAGUUGAGGUCGGAUGAAUAUUCGCACUUGUCCCCUAAGGUAUGCCUUGAUUAUUGUGGAUUUGGACUAUUCUCUUUCGUUCAGACCACUCACUACUGGGAGUCCUCUACAUUUAGUUUGUCUGAGAUAACUGCAAAUUUGAGUAAUCAUGCACUUUAUGGUGGUGCUGAAAAGGGAACCGUGGAACAUGAUAUAAAGACUAGAAUCAUGGAUUACUUGAACAUACCUGAGAAUGAGUAUGGCCUUGUAUUUACUGUUAGCAGAGGAUCAGCUUUCAAAUUGCUGGCUGAAUCAUACCCUUUCCAAACAAACAAAAAACUGCUGACCAUGUUCGACCAUGAGAGCCAGUCUGUGGCUUGGAUGGCUCAGUGUGCCAAGGAGAAGGGUGCUAAGGUGUAUAGUGCAUGGUUUAAAUGGCCAACCCUCAAACUCUGUUCCACUGAUCUGAGAAAACAGAUUUCAAGCAAGAAGAGGAGGAAGAAGGACUCCGCAACAGGUCUUUUUGUGUUCCCUGUUCAAUCUAGAGUGACUGGGGCUAAAUAUUCUUACCAGUGGAUGGCACUAGCCCAGCAGAACAACUGGCAUGUCUUGCUUGAUGCAGGAUCAUUGGGUCCCAAGGACAUGGAUUCCCUUGGCUUGUCUCUAUUCCGGCCUGAUUUUAUAAUCACAUCUUUUUACAGGGUGUUUGGGUAUGAUCCCACGGGAUUUGGAUGUCUUCUGAUCAAGAAAUCAGUUAUGGCAAGCCUUCAAAAUCAGUCAGGGAGUACUGGCUCUGGAAUGGUGAAGAUCACUCCUGAAUUUCCUAUGUAUUUGAGCGACUCCGUUGAUGGUUUGGACAAAUUGACUGGGAUUGAAGAGGAUGAAGUCAUUGGGAUAGGUGAUAAAACUGCUGAAACUCGUCAGGGAUCACAGUUGCCUGCUUUUUCUGGAGCAUAUACAUCUGCUCAGGUCCAUGAAGUAUUUGAGACUGAAAUGGAUCAGGAUAGUUCUGAAAGAGAUGGAACUAGCACUAUAUUUGAAGAAACUGAGAGUGUUUCUGUUGGGGAGUUGAUGAAGAGCCCUGUCUUCAGUGAAGAUGAGUCAUCGGACAACUCUUAUUGGAUUGAUUUGGGACAAAGUCCACUGGGAUCUGACCACGCUGGUCAAUUGAAUAAGCAGAAGAUAGCUUCUCCUCUUCCACCCUUUUGGUUCAAUGGAAAGAGAAAUCAAAAGCAUCAUCCUCCUAAGCUAACUUCCAAAACAUAUGGUAGCCCCAUGUAUGAUGAUAAAGUGGGAAAUCAUGAUCCUCAUGAUGAUCAUCACAUGCUUUCAUUUGAUGCAGCUGUGCUAUCAGUGUCACAUGAACUAGACCAGGUAAAAGAGGUCCCUGAAGAGGAACAUAUUGCUGAAGCGAAUGAGUUUCCAAGAAAUGGUAAUAGGUCUGAACAUUUGUAUGUCAAUGAGAUCGAGGAAGAGCCUGGAAGUUGUGAAGUUGUUCAUCUUGGAUCCGUACAAGAUGUCCCUUUAAAAGGAUCAGGAAUUAAUAAUUCACCUUCUGUUGCUCAGCAUCACCGAUUUGAAAAUGGCUGUAUCUCUGAAAUAUCCAGUGAGCUUAAAGAGAGUGCCAUAAGAAGGGAAACUGAAGGUGAAUUUAGAUUGCUUGAUAGAAGAGAAGGGAAUCGAUAUGGUGGUGGUAGAUUUUUUGGCUUGGAAGAGAAUGAAUCAUAUAACAAGGGUAGAAGAGUGUCAUUUAGCAUGGAAGAUAACCGUAAAGAGUAUCUUAGCCAUACAUCGGAAACAGGGGACAUAUGUGCAACUAGCUUAGAUGAUGAUGAACAGUACACAAGUGAUGGAGAAGAUGGUGAUGAACAGGAUUGGGGCAGGAGGGAACCAAAUAUAAUAUGCCGGCAUUUGGAUCAUGUUAAUAUGCUUGGCCUCAAUAAAACCACACUUAGACUUCGGGUUUUGAUAAAUUGGCUUGUCACCUCUUUGUUGCAACUGAAGUUGCCUGGUGUUGACAGGGAAGACAAAGCAAAUCUUGUCCACAUCUAUGGCCCAAAAAUUAAAUAUGAAAGAGGUGCAGCGGUGGCUUUUAAUAUCAGGGACAGAAAAAGGGGAUUAAUUAAUCCUGAGAUUGUUCAAAAGCUGGCUGAGAAGGAAGGAAUCUCACUUGGUCUUGGUUUCCUGAGCCACAUACGGAUUCUUGAUAACUCAAGAAAUCGUCAUGGGGCUUUGAAUCGUGAAGAAACAUCUCUUUGCCGGCCAAUGGAGAAUGGUUGUCGGGAUGGAAAAGGUGGAAAAGGUGGCUUUGUACGAGUUGAAGUUGUAACAGCAUCACUCAGUUUUCUGACUAAUUUUGAGGAUGUGUAUAAAUUGUGGGCUUUUGUUGCCAAGUUUCUUAACCCAUCAUUUAUUCAAGAAGCCGGUCUUCCCGCUGUUGAAGAAGGUCCUGAGAUGUAAGAUCAAGACAAAGUAGCUGCUGGUAUUUUACUCAAUAUUGGAAACUGGACAUGAAAUAGAUUAUCUGUGAGCAGUUUUCCGACAAGUUAGCUGGUGGAAUCUGCUUGAAGAAUGGCUUGGUGAUCAUUUGCAUGCUGCCAGAUAGAAGAUUUCUUGUCUGCACUUCAAAGCCACUCAAGGCCAGCGGGUGAAUUUGUUAAUUCAUGUUUUUUGUUGCUUACAUUUUCUUUUCUUUUUUUUUUUUUUGACUUUCCUCUUUGAACUUGUUGUAGAGUUUUUCCUUUUUUUCCCCUUUUUUUUUUCUGGCCAACAACUUGUAGAUUUGGCUUUAGAGAUUUUUCACAACAUUGGGAAGUCAGGGAGUACAUGAAGCAAGAUGUAUGGAUAGAAGUAGGACCUCUAUCGGUAUUCAUUUUGCUUAUGUUGCAUACGAAAGGAUUUACAACUUCUGUACAAAAUUUUAUGGGGGAACUUCUCUCAGUAAACAAUUUUCUUCUGUUACAUACAAAAGGAUUUGCAGCUUCUGUGUAAAGUUUUGUCAUUUGAAGCAGGAGGAUAUUGGAAAGUGAGAAUCAACAACAACAACAACAACAACAACAAGCCUUUAUCCCACUAGGUGGGGUCGGCUACAUGGAUUGCAAGACGCCAUUGUGUUCUAUCAUUUAUUAAGCUUUUAGAAAUAUUAUUAAUUAAGAGAUCACGUUCAACAACUUCCAA